GCGUCCCUCCUCUGCUCCCACGAGAGGAAAGUUUCUCCAGACGCUUCCGGCCAGCCCGCGCUCUCUGAGCCCAGCAUCCCGAGCCGUCGGAGCGGGCGCCGCCCCAGCCCAGCUCCGAGGAGACGCGAGCCGCGAUGCCUGGGGCGUGUUCCCGUGGCCCCGCCGCCGGAGACGGGCGGCUGCGGCUGGCGCGGCUGGCGCUGGUCCUCCUGGGUUGGGUCUCCUCGUCCUCCCCCACCUCCUCGGCAUCCUCCUCCACUUCGUCGGCGUCGUCCCUGUCCUCGGCGGUGUCCGCCCAGCCCCCGCUGCCGGGCCACUGCCCCCAGCAGUGCGAGUGUUCGGAGGCGGCACGCACUGUGAAGUGCGUUAACCGUAAUUUGGUCGAGGUGCCGGCGGACCUACCCCCUUACGUGCGCAACCUCUUCCUCACCGGCAACCAGCUGUCCGUGCUUCCGGCCGGCGCUUUUGCUCGCCGGCCGCCGCUGGCGGAGCUGGCCGCGCUCAACCUCAGCGGCAGCCGCCUGGGGGAGGUGUGCGCCGGAGCCUUCGAGCAUCUGCCCAGCUUGCGCCAGCUCGACCUCAGCCACAACCCGCUGGCGAAUCUCAGCUCCUUCGCUUUCUCGGGUAGCAACUCCAGCAUCUCGGCCCCCAGUCCCCUGGUGGAGCUGAUCUUGAACCACAUCGUGCCCCCUGAGGACGACAAGCGGAACCAGAGCUUCGAGGGCAUGGUGGCCGCGGCACUGCGGGAAGGCAGCAUGUUGCGCGGGCUGCGCCACCUGGAGCUGGCCAGCAACCACUUUCUCUACUUGCCCCGGGACGUGCUGGGCCAACUGCCGAGCCUCAGACACUUGGAUCUCCGCAACAACUCGCUGGUGAGCCUAACCUACGUGUCCUUCCGCAACCUGACACACCUAGAGAGCCUCCACUUGGAGGACAACGCCCUCAAGGUCCUUCAUAACGGCACCCUGGCAGAGCUGCAGAGCCUGCCCCGCGUAAGGGUCUUUCUGGACAACAAUCCCUGGGUCUGCGACUGCCACAUGGCCGACAUGGUGGCCUGGCUCAAGGAGUCCGAGAUAGUGCAGGGUAAAGCCAGGCUCACCUGUGUAUUCCCGGAAAAAAUGAGGAAUCGUGUUUUAUUGGAACUCAGCAGCUCCGACCUGGACUGUGACCCCAUCCUACCCCCAUCCCUGCAGACUUCUUAUGUCUUCCUGGGUAUUGUUUUAGCCCUGAUAGGAGCUAUUUUCCUACUGGUAUUGUAUUUGAACCGCAAGGGGAUAAAAAAGUGGAUGCAUAAUAUCAGAGAUGCCUGCAGGGAUCACAUGGAAGGAUAUCAUUACAGAUACGAAAUCAAUGCUGACCCCAGGUUAACAAACCUCAGUUCUAAUUCGGAUGUCUGAGAAACAUUUUGAGGACAGAACAAGGACAACUAUGCAUGAGAUGUAGACUUAAGCUUUAUCCCCUACUAGGCUUGCUCUAUUUCCACCCUCCGCUAUAGACACCACUGACUGACUGAAAGCAGUGAGGGGAAUUUGCUUCUUUGUUCUGUAAAGUUUCUUGGUGUGUUCUGUUAAUGUAAGACGAUGGACAGCUGUGCAUAGUAUUUUGUCCUCCUCCCUGUCUUGGACUCCAUUAGCGUGUGGAGGGAUUUUUUUCAAGUUUGAGCAUGAACAUGGGAUCCUUGCUGCCUGUUUCUCUUAGUAUAGUUCAAGGUGUAGCCACACAGAUAGCAUUCAACAAAAGCUGCCUCAACUUUUUUGAGAAAAAUACUUUAUUCAUAAAUACCAGUUUCAUUUUCAUGUACCUAAAUUGUGGAGAAAAUAAUUGCAUUUCAUAAACUGCCUGCAGACAUUAGCAAGCUCUUCAAAAUAACUCCGUAGUACACAGGAGCACAUGCAUCCAAAGAGCAUGCUGACAUUUUACUGUUCUGCAUAUAAAAAAAAUAACUUGCAACUUCAGAUAACUUCAACAAAGUAAAUUACUUUUUUGAUUGCAGUUUAUAUGAAACUAUACUGUUUUUUAAUAAACUGCAUUGAGAUCAGGCUGAAUUGUUUUAAAAAAUUAAAUAAAUGUCAGUAAAAGAAUUACAGUUGUGUCCAAGUUUGCUCUUUGACAGAAGGACUAGGGGGAAUGAGAUUGAAUGAUUUUGAUCUAAAUGGUAAUUAAGUUAGUAGUUUACAACAGCUGAGAAUCAAACUGGAGACCAUCUUAUGAGGAUAGACUUUGGAGAUAGUUUUUGAAAUGGUGGGUCCCUUUCAGGGUUUAAAUAGAUUUUGAAUAUUCAUGUAAAAUAGAUUUCUUAUGGUCCCUAAGUUAAUUCUCUUCUUGAAAGAAUUUUAAGAGCAUUAUAAAGUUGGUAACGGUGAAGAGUUCCCUAUAAAAAACGUUCAGAGUUCGUGUUUUUUUUCCUAGACUAAUGAAGUUGCUAGGCUAGGAAAAUGUUAUUUACCUUAAUAAAACUCUCCAUAUGUCAUUGUUCUAUAAUUUUUAGAACAGAGUGUGAAGAAACAAAUAUAAUGCAAAUAAAUGUAUGAAAGUGAAGUGUUUUAAAGACAGAAUAUUCUAGAAUAAAAACAGUUAAAAAUAUAGAUUAAAAAUAUUUUCCAUGAUCAUGUUGUAAACAGCUUUUUUUGAGAAUUUUUUUUAAAAAAAACAUUUUUAAAAUGGAACACUGGUGAUAAUUUGUCAGAGACUCAGAUUGUAAUGUUUAAUAAGUUGUCAUGAUAGGAUAGGAAUUUGAGGAAAUAACUAUAAAUGUCUAUGUCCAUAAACAAAUGUCCCAACUAAUCAUAAGUUCUUAUACCCAGAUACACAGUUCAGUAAUUAAGAAUUUGAAAAUAUUUUUGUUUUACCUAAACAUUUAGCCAAACAUUUGUAUAUACACCUUUAUGAAGAAUAAAUCAAAUUCAGAUGGAUAUGAAAGCAAUCAGUUAAUCAAUUGAUAGUAUCAAUGAUAGACAAGAUUUUCUGUUUUCAGAGUUACCUGCCAUUUAUGUUUAAAAGUAAAUUCCAUUAAUCAACCUCCAAGCUAUAGAGUGUCUUAAAUUUAAUUUAGCUAAUAUUGUUUAAUUUAAAGUAGUAGAUGAAUUUGCAUCAGUAAGUAUUGGAGUCUUUUUCCCUUGAAAUUGAUGAUGUUCUGCAAUGCUUUAUGCUUGAAAUAAAUUUUGUAUUUCUAUGUUUUUAUAAAAUCUUUGCAAAUUCCUUCUUUGAAUUAAAUUGGAGAAAUUUUCAAAAUAGGCCUAGAAAUCUGUGAAUCUGUUCCUCAUUUAGACUGUAUAGUCAGAAUAUGAAGUUUUAACUCCAUUAAGUUUUAUAGGCUCAUUUUAUGAAAUAUUAUGUUAUUCAUUAUUUAUGGGUUACAGUUCAGAUCCUGUAAUUACCUGAGAAAAGUCUAAAUAUAUGGAACUUAAUAUUCCAUUAGACAUUUUAAGUGUUCACCGGGAAUUCAUAAUCUGGCUGGCUGCCAUUAUUUCCUAAGAAUGAUGAAAAUACUAGUCUGCCCCAAAUCCUGAAAACAUGUAAUAACAUAAUCUUCUAAAUACUUUAGUAGGUAAGUCUGUUGAUAUGUUAGAAAAUAACAAAUUAUAAUAUUUAUAGAGCCUCCAUUAAGAAGAAUUGUUUCUUCUGCGUCAUGUGAUGAUCUAAAUGAUAAAAAUUAAGCUUUAUCCAAGUCCUAGGAAAGUAGUAGAUUCGUUAGUCCAGUUUUUCUCAUGAAUUCCCUGCAGCUGAAUCUAUAAUAAAGUGAAGCCAAGUUUUCUCCUAUUAGGCUUUUUUGAAGUUAUGAUUGCUUGCUUCUUCCUUUUUAUGAACUUCCCAACUUGCCAUGGCUUUUUUUUUUCUUCUUACAUCACUUUACUAUUCUCCAAUAUAUGACAAUAUAAAAUUCUUAAGAAACACAUUGUUUAAAAACUAAUUGCUAUUGUGUAGUCAUAAUACUAUAUGUCUAUAAGCCUAUAUGACAGAUAGAUGCUUCCAAUAAGCAUAAGGGGAUAUAGGAAAAAUGAAGUAAAAAAUAAAGGCAUCACUUUGUGUACUUGUUUUAAACUCAGUUCUUCAAUAAAAUUAUGCAUUAUUGAUCCCCCAAACCUAAAAGUGAUCCAUUUUUAAAAUUCAUUUUGAUUGGUAAUAAACUAUUACUGAGCUUUAACAAGUUUUUCAACAGAAAAGAAAACAUCCUUCAUUUAUCCUUUACAAGUUUCAUUUGAAGAAACUUAGAAAAAUACUUAAAAAUUCAAGGACUUGAUAAAUCCCUCAAUUUAAAAGCUAUUAAAAUGUCCAAUAAAUUUCUAUUUAAAGUGGCACAGAUUUUAGGAUAAUGCAACUGUUUGACCUUGAAUCAUAACUCCCCACUUUCCUUUUAACUAUUCAGUUUGUGUCAUCAAUAUAUGUAUCAUCAGUUUUGCUGCCAGAAGUGUGGUUCACUGGUGACCUAUAAGGUAGGUUUGAACAGCUGCUGAUAGAUUUUUCUUAACAAAAUAAACUUUGAAGCACAAUUGACGGAAUUUCUUAAAGGAAAAGUAGCUAUACACUUUGGGGGAAAUAGGCUUGGUUGAAAUAAAUAAAUCACAGAUUUUUUUAAAUAUCUUGAUUGGCAGUAAACGUGUAUUAUGCUCAGCUUAGUAUUUAAUUAUAAAUAACGUAUCUUUGUCCUCUGUCUUUUCAGUUAGAAUGGAUGUGAAAAAGAACCAAAUUGUCAUAGGAAUUCUGUUUUACUCCCAGGUAAACCCUUUUCGUCCUGAUGUUCCAAUAUAUCCACUACCUUGUUGAGGAUGUUAAAGGCUUUCCAACUCUAGUUUGGGCAUUUUUCAAAUCAUUUCUGCUUUACAUUUUAAUUUUUCUCCAAAGAUUCCACUAAAAAGAGAACCCAUGAGGAUUUGCAAGGUUAAAAACAAUUUGGCACAUGCUUUCCUCCUGCUCCAAAAUGUAUUCAGUCACCCAGCCUUCAGAGUAGCACCAUAAAGUGACGACCUUUGUUAGAUGAGACUCUGGUUUCAGUUUUGCACUUGCACAAGCGUUGACAGUAAAGGAAAGAGAAGGCAGGAAGUCAUAUUUCCAGACACUAUAUGAAAAAUACCCUGACAAUGGUUUUUAAAACUCUUUCUUCAGUCCCACAGUGUGGUAUUAGAAAUUAUUAGCUGAAUAAAAUAUAUUCUGAAUUGUCUAGAUCAACAUAUAUCCUUUUGAAAAAUAACUCCUUGAUGUUUUGUACAGUUUUUUUUUUUUUUUUUUCCAUUCUUACCCUUAGAGACUUUUGAUUAAAAAAGUUGGCUUGUUUUAUCUUGUGUUUUCUCUUAGAACAUUUUAGCGGCUCUAUCUUUGUCCUGGGUUUAAAAGAUCUAGAUUUUAAAAACUAAUAAGUGAUUUAUAUAAUUUUGACAAGAAUAAAAAUUCUUAGUAUUUCAAUAUUGGAGGGGCCCUUAGACUUUUCAAGCCCCAUCUCCCAUUCUGCAGUUGAAGAAACUGGUAAUUGUGACAUCUUUAUAUUACAUAAUAAGAAUCGGGACUAGAUCCCAAGGUUCCAGACUUACCUUCUAGCGUUCUUCUUGUCGGAUGGUGAUAUUAAAUACCUAAUGAGGCCUUUGGAAUGUUCAUCUAUUAAUAAUGAGAAUAAAGCAAUUGUUUUCAUGAAUUUA